ACUAUGGUGCAAAGGUAGUGGUGCCUAUAGACCUGAAGAAAAAGCCAUGGGAACAAAAACAUCCCCUCCACAACCGGUGGCACCCCGACAUACCAGUUGUUGCAGAGGUUAAAGAUGGAGAGGUUUUCAGAGUUGAAAUGGUGGAUUUCAGUGGAGCUGGAAUAACAAGUGACUACUCUGCCGAAGAUGUCAAGCAUGCUGAUCAAUCUAUUGUGAGUUUCUACCUCCAUCUUUUGCCUCCCCACUUUCCUUUCUUUCAACUUCUACUGCAACAUAAAGCUGUUCCUAUAAUUUUUCUUAACCAUUUUUCAAGUAAACAAUAAGUUCCAAUGUUUCUUAUUGGCAAUUUUAAUCAAACCCUGUUGUCUAGUUAGUGAACCUUGGUAUUUCAGUUUAGUAAAACCAAAAUGGGACCAUUGGAAAAAUGGUCGAACCCCAUUUGUCAGCAAGUAGAGUAUUGGUCAAGACUCAAGAGUCAAUACUUGCUUCAGUGGGUGACAUUUGGCAAGACUGAAACAAAUAUCUCAACAAUCUCCCUGUUUUCCCCAAAGCUUAAUCCAUGGCUCCUCCAACUCCAAGGCUAGUGGUGUCAGUAGAUUUGAAGAAGAAGCCAUGGGAACAAGCUCUACCUCUUCACAAUCGUUGGCACCCUGAAAUCCCUCCGGUUGCCCAUGUUAAGGUCAGUGAGGUCUUUAGAGUAGAAAUGGUAGACUGGACUGGAAGUGUCAUAAAAGAUGAUGAUUCUGCAGCUGAUGUAAAAUUCAUAGACCUCUCCACUGUUCAUUAUCUGAGUGGGCCUAUAAGAGUUGUAGACAAGAAUGAGACACCUGCCAUGCCAGGUGAUCUUCUCGCAGUGGAAAUAUGUAACCUGGGUCCUUUACCGGGUGAUGAAUGGGGUUAUACAGCAACUUUUGACAGAGAAAAUGGAGGAGGGUUUUUGACGGACCAUUUUCCAUGUGCAACAAAAGCUAUUUGGUAUUUUGAAGGAAUCUAUGCCUACUCUCCUCAUAUACCGGGGGUGAGAUUUCCGGGGUUGACUCAUCCGGGAAUAAUUGGAACGGCACCAUCAAUGGAACUUCUGAAUAUAUGGAAUGAAAGAGAAAGAGAAGUAGAAGAAAAUGGCGACAAGUCCCUAAAACUAUGUGAAGUUUUGCAUUCACGACCAUUGGCAAACCUUCCUUCAACCAAAGGCUGCCAUUUGGGGAAGAUAAAAAAGGGGACUGCUGAAUGGGAAAAGAUUGCUAAGGAGGCUGCGAGGACUAUUCCAGGAAGAGAAAAUGGUGGAAAUUGUGACAUAAAAAACCUUAGUAGAGGUUCUAAAAUAUAUCUUCCCGUGUUUGUUGAAGGAGCUAACCUUAGCACUGGUGACAUGCAUUUCUCUCAAGGUGAUGGUGAAGUCUCAUUCUGUGGAGCAAUUGAGAUGAGUGGUUUUCUUGAGCUUAAGUGUGAAAUUAUAAGAGGUGGAAUGAAAGAGUACCUUACUCCAAUGGGGCCAACCCCUCUUCAUGUAAAUCCGAUCUUUGAGAUCGGACCAGUGGAACCGAGAUUCUCGGAAUGGUUGGUUUUUGAGGGAAUAAGCGUGGAUGAGAGUGGAAGGCAACAUUUCCUUGAUGCAAGUGUUGCAUAUAAACGUGCAGUGCUCAAUGCUAUCGACUACCUCUCCAAGUUCGGGUACUCGAAAGAACAGGUUUACCUUCUGCUAUCCUGCUGCCCUUGUGAAGGAAGGAUCUCCGGAAUUGUAGAUGCACCAAAUGCUGUUGCAACUCUUGCAAUUCCAACUGCCAUCUUCGACCAGGACAUUCGUCCAAAAGCCGGAAAGGUGCCCAUAGGGCCUCGGCUAGUGAGAAAACCAGAUGUUUUAAGAUGCAGUUAUGAUGGAAAUCUUCCCACAACGAAGAACCCAGCUGCCUCAAUGUAACUUAAGUCUACGGAGCUAAGACCAAGAAACUGCAGUAUUCAUUUCUAUGCCUUGUGGGACUUUUAUACACAUGGAAACAACUAUGGAUGAACGACAUUAAUGUAAAUAAUAAACUCCAGCUUCUGGACAAGAUCGAAUCCCCGAUAGGAUGUUAUAUGUUUUAAGAACUUAAAUAAGAACAGCUAUAAAAGAGCCUUCAAUCUA